AUGCGGAUCGAAGAACUCGUCCUCGAAGGCUUCAAGUCCUAUCCUGUGCGGACACAGAUCACUGGCUGGGAUGCGUCCUUCAACGCAAUCACGGGUCUUAAUGGCUCGGGCAAGUCCAAUAUUCUCGACGCCAUAUGCUUCGUCCUCGGCAUUACCAACAUGUCUCAAAUGAGAGCACAAAACCAGCAGGACCUCAUCUACAAACGUGGUCAGGCAGGCGUCACCAAAGCGAGUGUCACCAUCGUCUUCGACAACUCGGAUAGGGACAAGAGUCCAGUAGGAUACGAGAUGUGCAGUCAGAUCACGGUUACUCGUCAGAUUGCCCUACCCAACGCCACCAAGUACCUCGUCAAUGGUCACAAGGCCCAACAAAACGCCGUCCACUCGCUCUUCCAGAGUGUGCAGCUCAACAUCAAUAACCCCAAUUUCCUCAUCAUGCAAGGUCGCAUCACCAAGGUGCUCAACAUGCGCCCGCAAGAGAUCCUCGGCAUGGUCGAAGAGGCCGCCGGCACCCGCAUGUUCGAGGACCGCAAGGACAAGGCCAAGAAGACGAUGGCGAAGAAGGACAACCGCGUGCAGGAGAUCAACUCGCUCCUCGCGGAGGAGAUCACGCCGAAGCUCGACAGGCUCCGCGAGGAGAAGCGGACGUUCCUGCAGUGGCAGAAGAACACGGCGGAGCUCGAGCGGCUCGGGCGCGUGCUGCGCGCGCACGACUGGUUCGAUGCGCAGGAGAGGAUCGAGGACGCGGACGAGCUCGUCGCGGGCAAGAAUGGCGAGAUCGAGGAGAACAAGAAGCGGAAGAAGCGGUUGUUGAAGGAGUGUCAGGCGGCGGAGAGUCAGCAUGAAGAGGUGAACGCGCGGCGGGAGAAGGAGCGGAAGAAGGGCGGGAAGUUCAAGAAGAUAGAGGAGGACGUUGCGGAGAUGGAGAAGGAGCUUGAGAAGAUCCGGACGCAGGUUGACAUCCGCACGGGCAACAUCGCGGACGAGGAGAAGAAGGUCGUCGAGAAGCGGACAGAGCUGGAGGAACUGGGUGAGGCUUUGAAGCAGAAGACGUCGGAGGUCGAGGAGCGCGAGCGGGCGUACCAGAAGGUCAAGGAGCAGCAGGAGGCCGAACAGACGAAGCUCAACAACUCGGAGGAGCUCUUGCAGACGCUGCUCACUGGGAUCUCGUCGAGCUCGAACAACACCGGUGGCGGCUACAUGGGCCAGCUCGCCGACGCUCGGACACGCGGGGCGGCGGCUGCUGGCGAGGUGGAACAGAUACGAACCAAGAUGGCGAUGAGGGAGAAGGAGCUGAGUGCGCUGGAAGGCCGAUGGAGAGACGUCGAGCGGGAGGCGGGACAGAGUAAGAUGCAGCUGGAGAGCAAACGCGGGGAGCUGGAGAAGGCCCGACGGACGAUUGCAGCGUGUGGGUGGAGCAACGAGCUCGAGAUGAAGAUGGAGACGGAGAUGCGUGCUGCGAAGGAACAGAUGCAUCAACUCGGCAGGGAACGCGACAUGCGCGCCCAAAGCCUCCCCUCCCUCAACUUCGAGUACUCUACGCCCCACCCCAACUUCGAUCGCCGCAAGGUCAAAGGUCUCAUCGCGAAACUUAUUUCCAUUCCCCAGCAGCAUCACGGCAAGGCCACCGCGCUCGAGGUCGCCGCCGGCGCUCGGCUAUACAACGUCGUCGUCGAGGACGAGCGCGUCGGUAAGGACCUCCUCCAGAACGGCCGGCUCAAGAAGCGCGUGACGAUCAUCCCGCUGAACAAGAUCAACGCAUUCACGCUCUCGGCUCAGAAACUCGCCGAAGCCAAACGCCUCGCGCCCGGCAAAGCCAACCUCGCGCUCUCGCUCGUCGGCUACCCGGAAGACGUGAGCAAAGCGAUGGCCUACGUCUUCGGCGACACGAUCGUGUGCGACGACCCCGAGUCCGCGAAGGCCGUCACGUUCGGCGCGAGAGUGAAGUCCGUCACGCUCGAGGGCGACGUGUACGACCCGUCGGGCACGCUCAGCGGCGGCUCGGCGCCGACGGGCAACGGCGUGCUCGUGAAGGUGCAGGAUCUGAUUGAGGCGGAGCGGAAGCUGCAGGGGGCGCAGGAGGCGCUGGCGGGGCUGGAGAGGGAGGCGGAGCGGAAUAAGGCGAGGCGGGAUCAGUGGAGGACGCUGGCGAGGGACUUGGAGAUGAAGGAACACGAGGUUGCGUUGUUGGAGCAGCAGGUUGGGGGCAGUAAUUCGACUCGGAUCAACACCGAGGUGGAAGGCCUUCGCAAGACCAUCGCGGAUCUCCAGACGGCGGUCGAGGACGCGCAAGAGAAGCAGAAGGAGGCGGCGCGGGAAUGUAAGAAGCUCGAGAAGGACAUGGCCGAGUUCAAGAACAACAAGGAGGGCAAGAUUGACGAGCUCAAGAAAACGAUCGGUAACCAGAAGGCUGAGCUCCAAAAGCACGCUGUCAAGGUCAAGACACAUCAAAAGGAUGCACAGACUGCCAGACUUGAAUACGAGCAAAUGGAGGGCGACAUCACCACUACCCAGAAGACGAUCGCCUCGCUCGAAGCUGCGAUCGCCAAGGAGCAAAAAGACCUCGAGAAACUCAAGGAGACGCACGGCAAAGUCAUGACCAAACACGCCGAGGCCGAAGAAAGGCUGCAAGCGGAGCGGGCGACGCUCGUCCAGUUCGACAACGAGCUGAAAGCGCUCGAGGAGACGAUCAAGGACAAGAAGGUGGCCGCGGCACAGACCGAACUCGACCUGAAGAAGCUCGAGGUCGAGCUCGUCGGGCUCGAGAAGGAGAAGACGGCCGCGGAGACCAAGGUGGCGCACCUCGAGAAGUCGUAUCCGUGGAUCUCCGACGAGAAGCACUUGUUCGGUAAAGAGGGCUCACAGUACGAUUUUGCGAGGAUAGCUAUCGACGACCUGAAGGUGCAGGCGGACAACAUUGAGGGACAGCAGCAGAAGCUCAAGAAGAAGGUAAAUCCGAAGGUGAUGAAUGUGAUCGAGACCAUUGAGAAGAAGGAGACGGAGCUGAAGAAGAUGCUGGGCACGGUGAUGAAGGAUAAGGAGAAGAUCGAGGGGACGAUUGAGGAGCUCGAUCGGUACAAGCGCGAUGCGCUCACCAAGACGUGGGAGAAGGUUAGCGAUGACUUUGGCGACAUCUUCGCGGAGCUGCUGCCGGGAAACUACGCCAAGCUUCGUCCGCCAGAAAACCAGGACCUCAUGCAGGGCCUCGAGGUCAAGGUCCGGCUCGGGAGCGUGUGGAAGCAGAGUCUGACGGAGCUCAGCGGUGGUCAACGCUCACUGAUCGCGCUCUCGCUCAUCAUGGCGCUGCUGCAGUUCAAGCCCGCGCCGAUGUACAUUCUGGACGAGAUCGACGCCGCGCUGGACCUGUCGCAUACGCAGCAUAUCGGGCAGCUGUUCCGCACGCGUUUCAAAGGGUCGCAGUUCAUUGUCGUGUCACUCAAGGAGGGGCUAUUCACGAACGCGAAUGUGUUGUUCAAAGCGAGAUUCAGGGACGGAACGUCGAUCGUGGAAAGGACGGCACAGCGGUCAACGUCGGCGCUGUAUGCCAAUGGACGGGGGGACCAGGACGGGGAGGAUGAGGGGAGGGGAGGCGGGAGGCGGCGGAGAGUCGGGGCAUGAUGUGGCUUCGCGUGCCUUGUAGCGAUUAGACUCCUUGUUU